UCUCUCGACGAGGUCCUGUCCACUAAACACGGAGGGACACUAUCGGUCGAAUAACAUAUGAUUUGUUUGUCUAAUUGUGAUGUUUUUGCUCUGUGAGUGAACGUAGCGGUAGCAGCGGCAUCUUAACAAAUAUAUUAUUUGUUUAAAUAUCAUUAAGUCAUAGUUUAUACGUUGGUUAGCCAACUAGCUAAUGUUGUUCACUCUCCUGGAAUCACGUGGAGUGGAGUGCUUGUUUACGUCCAGCUAAGGCAUUGGAAAAAUGAGUGAAACUGAAAUUACUACUGAAGUAUCUGGGUGGACCAAGGAGAACCUCCAGAAGCUUUUUGCCCAUAUCAAAAGCAGCAUCCCUAAACGGUUCACAAUGAUCCCUUAUUACAGGUCGCUGAAACGUGUAGACUGGGAGAAGGUGGCUUUCCCCCCUUUCUCUCCUGAAGCAUGUCGAGACAAGUGGACACAGAUUUUACAGACGAUGCACAAGACUCGGACCCUCACAGAGCUUGUUUCUGUGGCUGAAGAAGUCCUUUUAAAUCCAGUCUGGAACAGUAAGCUCAAUCCAGAGGUCCCAAAGAAACCCACUCCUCCUAGUGGCAUUUUUUGUGAAAAGAACUGGACCAUGUUUCGUGAACAGCAUCCAGAACUGAACGAACAGAAGUUGGUGGCUUUAAUGGGAAACAAGUACAAGGUGCUCCCAGAUGAAGAGAAGGCUCAAUAUGUGGAGGAAUACCAUCUUGCAACUCAAGAAUACAAGAGAAUUAAGCUGGAAUUCAGACAACAUCAUAUAUCUACUAAGAGCAAAUCCAAGAGGAAGAGGAAGAAUGUCCCUGCAGACACUGCAGAUGGUGAACAGCAUACUAAAAUUGAAAAAGGCCUGCCUCCAAAACCUCCUUUCAGUGGCUAUAAUCUAUUCUGCAAAGAGCAGCUGCCAUCGAUGGCAGGUGAUUCAAGCAAUGUGAGAGUGUGGGGCCAAUGUUGGCGAGAAUUGACUGAGGAACAGAAGCACGAGUACAAUAUCCGCUGCAGAGAGUUGAAGAGAGAGUACAACAUCAAGCUGAAUGAAUAUCUAGAUACCUUUGAUAAGGAGAAGCAGGUGCAGAUCCUAAAUGAGACUGGCAUCAAAAGACCCAAAAGGGGCAUUCAUAGAAACAUGAAGCUCAAAAAGAAAUAUCCUGGCGAGCCCAAGAUGCCAUCUCGAUGUAGUAAUGUCAUUUUCUGCCAAAAUCAGAUGGAACUUUUAAAGAAGGAAAUCCCAAAUUCAAAGGAGCGCUUCGGCAAGAUCAACAAAAUGUGGAAGGACCUCCCCUUAAAGGAGAAGGAAUUCUACAAAGAGAAAUUACAUGAAAAAUUCAGAGAAUACUCGAUGGAACUGCAGAAAUGGUUUAAGACAUUAUCGGCAAAGGAGCAGCAGGCGUAUCGGAAAUCUAACCCCACUAAAUGUCAGUACCUCUGUGAUAAAAACCUGAAAGGUUAUGACAAAGAAGAGCUGUGCCAAUACAGACCAUCAGAUUCAGAAGAUUCAGAAGUCACUGAGGUCAGCAGCAGUGAUGAAGAGCAGUACAAUAUGGAUUACGAUGAGGAUGAGGAGGAAGAAGGAGAAGAGGGUGACGCAACAUUUGAAGUAUAUUAGAUUCUGAUGAGAUGGACAGCAACAGUGUCACACACUUCAUUCUCAGACUGGAUUCUGGAUGUGAGAUGAUGACAGUGUAUGGCAGCCAUAUUGGGUGGAAGGUUGAAAUGAAGUAUCCUACAACCAAGAAUGGAUUACAAAGUACCCAGGUUUCCUAGUUGGUGACAUUUGGUUUUUGGUAAUAUGAUUGUAUUUGUAAUUUUAUUUGGGAGAAUGGAGGGCAGAUCUGUUUUAUUACCAAAUUCUGUGGCCUUAUCUUGAAGAUGGGAUCCAUUGUGCUAACAUGCAUGUUCCCAAAUUGAUGUAUUAAGAUUACCACAAGGUCGUUGGUGUCAAAAUGAGGUACCAACUUGUUUCUGUUUUUAUUGAAUGGGGAAAAAGUCACUUCAAGCUUUUUUUUUUGUUGUUGUUUUUACAAACCCUUGCUCAUUUUGUUUUUUGUAAAUCCCACAAAGAAGAGGUGUUUUAAUAAUAAAAGUGCUGUAUAAAGGUGAAUAUUG